UCGUAAACCACUUUGAACUGACAGCUUCGCCCUUCGUCCACAUUGCCAGGCUUCUCUCUGUUCAGUUCGCACGGUGUGUGUGUGUGUGUGAGAGGGAGAGGGAGAGAGAGACAGAGAGAGUCUGUUCGUGUUUCUGAUAUUCGAGACGGAGGAGAGGAAGAUUGAGUCAAUUGCUUAGCUUAGGCAUGGCUGGUGGUUACGUUGGGAUAUUGAUGUCAGAUCCAUGGCUGCAGAACCAGUUCACGCAGGUGGAGCUUCGGAGCUUGAAAUCUCACUUCAUGACGAUGAGGCGAGAGAGUGGCCGUCUCACGCUCGCCGACUUGCCGGCAAAGAUGUCCAGACUGAAACACGUCGGGGAGAAUCUCACGGAACAAGAGAGGGCUUCUUUCCUUCGAGAUUCAUAUCAAAGCUUGGACAACGAUGUUGAUUUCGAACUCUUUCUCCUGGUUUAUUUGAAAUUCCAAGCCCAUGCAACAGCAAAGAUGGGCAGUGGUGCGAAGAAUUCAUCUGCAUUCCUUAAGUCUCCAACAUCCACACUGCUUCAUACAAUUAGUGAAUCCGAAAAGGCAUCAUAUGUUGCGCAUAUCAAUAACUACCUCGCAGACGAUGUGUUCUUGAAGAAAUACCUUCCAAUAGAUCCUUCAACCAACGAUCUCUUUGAAAUUGCAAAAGAUGGGGUUCUUCUCUGUAAGCUUAUUAAUGUGGCAGUUCCUGGAACAAUUGAUGAGCGGGCAAUCAAUACUAAGAGAAUGCUCAAUCCAUGGGAAAGGAAUGAAAAUCAUACUCUCUGCCUUAACUCUGCCAAGGCAAUUGGAUGUACUGUAGUCAAUAUAGGGACAGAGGACUUUGUUGAAGGAAGGAGGCAUCUAGUGCUGGGAUUGAUCUCGCAAAUCAUUAAGAUACAACUACUAGCAGACCUCAAUUUAAAGAAAACACCUCAGCUGGUGCAGUUGGUUGAUGAUAGUAAGGAUGUAGAGGAGUUGAUGAGUUUACCACCGGAAAAGAUUUUACUAAGGUGGAUGAAUUUUCAGCUGAAAAAAGCAGGAUACAACAAAAUGGUCACAAAUUUCUCUUCUGAUAUAAAGGAUGCCGAGGCUUAUGCUCAUCUGUUAAAUAUUCUUGCACCUGAGCACUGUAAUCCAUCUAUAUUUUCUGUUAAAGGUCCUCUAGAAAGAGCGAAGUUAGUUCUUGAACAUGCUGAUAAGAUGGGGUGUAAGAGAUACUUAACUGCAAGUGAUAUUGUGGAAGGUUCUCCAAAUCUGAAUCUUGCUUUUGUGGCGCAUGUCUUCCAGCACAGGAAUGGGCUUUCAACCCAAUCGAAGCAGAUAUCUUUUCUUGAAAGCCUACCUGAUGAUGCAUUAAUCUCUAGAGAGGAGAAAGCAUUUGGGUUUUGGAUAAACAGUCUUGGAAAUUCAACAUACAUUGACAAUGUCUUUGAAGAUCUUAGAAAUGGGUGGUUGCUCUUAGAGACCCUUGACAAAGUGUCACCAGGGAUUGUUAAUUGGAAGAUUGCUAACAAGCCUCCAAUUAAAAUGCCAUUCAGAAAAGUAGAAAAUUGCAACCAAGUAGUGAAGAUUGGGCAACAACUGAAAUUUUCCCUUGUAAACAUUGCUGGGAAUGACAUAGUUCAGGGAAACAAGAAAUUGAUAUUAGCUUAUCUAUGGCAACUGAUGCGAUACAACAUACUUCAACUUCUAAAGAAUUUGAGAUUCCAUUCCCAUGGGAAGGAAAUUACUGAUGUUGACAUUUUAAAGUGGGCUAACUCCAAAGUAAGGAGUUCAGGGCACCAGAGUUAUAUGGCUAGUUUCAAGGAUAAGAGUUUGUCAGAUGGAAAAUUUUUCCUCGAGUUACUAAGCGCUGUAGAGCCUCGAGCAGUUAACUGGAGUCUCGUAACAAAAGGAGAAAAUGAGGAGGAGAAAAAGAUGAAUGCAAUCUACAUAAUCAGUAUAGCAAGGAAACUUGGAUGUUCAAUAUUUUUGCUGCCUGAAGACAUAACUGAGGUAAAUCAAAAGAUGAUUCUCACGUUGACAGCAAGUAUCAUGUUUUGGUUCUUGAAACAACCUGUUGAAGAGAGGCCAUGCGGAGCUUCAGACAGCGAGAGUGGAAGCCAAUCAGAGACAACCUCAAGCACAACAACAGACGACACCGCUUCUGAGUCAUCGACAGAUGACAAUUUGAAUAGAUAGAAACUGAUCAUCCACUCAAUUUUAGGUUCCCUAUGCCAAUGUAUCUUGUGAUAGUUCUUACAAUUUAUUUGUAAACCGACUGCUUUUGUUUCUUUAUGUCAAUGUUUCACUAGUUUAAUUUUUGGCUUUUCUUCUCUCUCUUCCCUAAGUUUGAAAGCACGUAAUUAUACAUGAAAAUUUGAUGAUACUAAUGCAAAC